AGACGUCACGAUUACAUCACCCUUGCUUAAUGUCUGCCAGCAGAGACCACGAGGGAAACCGGGGGGAGCUUUUUGGAAGUCCGACUUGGCCUCUGCCGUUUUGACAUUUGAUCGAUCGCUCUCAUCAUGAGUGCACCUUUGAGGACCUUCGGACUUGGGGCGAGGAAUCUCCUCCGGUCCACGAUCGGACUUUGGGAAGGAUCACUUGAGAAUCAGCUUCUUCUGCCAGCCGGGAGUGGGAGAUGGAUGGAAAUUGGGAAACGCUACAGACACUCCUUGCCAAUCAACACCAUCCUCAUGUUUGUGCCUCAGCAGGAGGCCUGGGUGGUGGAGAGGAUGGGAAAAUACCACAGGAUAUUAGAACCAGGUCUCAAUAUUCUCCUGCCAAUUAUGGAUCGAGUACGAUAUGUCCAGAGCCUCAAGGAGCUUGCCAUUGAUGUCCCCCAGCAGUCAGCCAUUACUUCAGAGUUGGGAAAGAUUCCCCUGGAUUACGUGUUCCGGGAGCGGGAGAGUCUGAACAUCGGAAUCGUGGAAGCUAUCAACAAGGCCAGCGAGGCCUGGGGCAUCGCCUGCCUUCGAUACGAGAUCCGUGAUAUAAAGCUGCCUAGUCGCGUGCAGGAGGCGAUGCAGAUGCAGGUGGAAGCGGAGCGAAAGAAGCGCGCGGCCAUCCUGGAAUCCGAGGGCACGAAGGAGGCCGAGAUCAACGUCGCCGAGGGACGCAAGCAGGCCCGCAUCCUCGCCUCUGAGGCAGAAAAGCAGGAGCAGAUCAACCAAGCCCUCGGGGAGGCGUCGGCCAUCUAUGCGAAGGCGGAGGCCCGAGCACGGGCCCUGCACGUCGUCGCCAAGUCCCUGGCCGAGGAGCACGGGAGCAACGCGGCGUCCCUCAACAUCGCGGAGCAGUACGUCCACGCGUUCCAGAAGCUCGCCAAGGCCUCUAACACCCUCAUCAUCCCCGGCAACACCGGCGAUGUUUCCGGCAUCGUCGCUCAG